AUGGAGAUUUCAGGCCAGGUCAAGACAGUGCAAUGGAUGGAGGGAAGGAAAGACUGGGUGCCCUUCUUGGCAAUGCCAAAAGCACAAUGCACCGUGUACUUUGUUUGUGGUUCUUUCGCCAUGUGCACUGAGGAUGAUGUCACCUUCUGCAGUUGUCUUAGGGGCUUCAGCAAGCAGUACAAUGGCGAGUGGAGGUAUGGUAAUCCCAGUGGAGGCUGCACGAGAAAUGCCAAACUACAGUGUGAUGGCAAUAGCUCUAGGCAGGCAAAAGCUGAUGGAUUCUAUGCACUAGCUGUUGCCAAGUUGCCUGACAAAGCCUGGGUUUUGGCAACUGUUAGUGCAGAUAAAUGUGAGAAGGCUUGUCUGAAUAAUUGCUCUUGUACCGCUUAUUCCUACUCUGGUAGUUGUUCUUUGUGGUAUGGAGAUCUAAUCAAUAUAGUGGCUCCGGAUGGUUCAACUGGGCAAAGCAUCUAUAUCCGGCUCGCUGCCUCAGAGUUCUCUAGCUCAGCAAAAACUCAGGCAGCUAUGAUUUGGGCUUCAACCGUCGGAGCUAUCCUUCUCACCCUCAUUGUGAUUAUCGGCAUACUCGUGAUUCUCAAGAGGAGGAGCUUCAGUGAAGUGAACAAAGUGGAGGGUUCGUUGGUCGUAUUCAGAUACAGGUUUCUGCAGAAUGCGACCAAAAACUUCUCUGAGAUGUUGGGCAAAGGAUCUUUUGGUUCUGUAUGUAAGGGAAUUUUACCUGAUGGGACACUUGUUGCUGUAAAGAAGCUUGAUGGUGUUUUUCAGGGAGACAAGCAGUUUCGAGCUGAGGUUAGCACAAUUGGCACUAUUCAGCAUGUGAAUUUAAUCCGGUUGCUGGGAUUUUGCUCAGAGCGAUCAAUGAAGAUGCUAGUGUAUGAGUUCAUGCCAAACAGGUCGUUGGACCGUUGCCUCUUUGGAAGCACUCCGAUGACUUUGAGCUGGAAGACUAGAUAUCAGAUUGCUCUUGGAAUUGCCAAGGGAUUAGCUUACCUUCAUGAGAAAUGCAGGAGUCUCAUCAUACACUGUGAUAUAAAGCCAGAGAAUGUACUCCUGGAUGACGCCUUCAUGCCAAAGAUCGCGGAUUUUGGGCUUGCUAAGCUCGUUGGAAGGGAUUUUAGCAGAGUUCUGACGACCAUGAGAGGCACCAUAGGUUAUCUUGCUCCUGAAUGGAUAAGCGGUGUGGCUAUCACUGUAAAGGCAGAUGUUUUCAGCUAUGGGAUGAUGCUUUUUGAGAUCAUAUCAGGAAAUCGAAAUACAGAUUGGCAUCAGCAAGGUACAGACACGUUCUUCCCUGUUCUAGUGGCGAUGAGACUGCAUGAAGGAAAGAUCCAGGACUUGCUAGGUCCAGACCUAACUCCAGAUGCUAACUUAGAAGAGGUGGAGAGGGCUUGCAAGGUGGCUUGUUGGUGCGUCCAAGAUAACGAGAACAUAAGGCCAACGAUGGGAGAGAUUGUCCAGAUCCUUGAAGGAUUAGUAGAUGUCGCCUUUCCUCCUAUCCCGUGGUAUCUUCAUGUUCUAGCCCAGAGCUCCAAUUUCUCCACCGAGGCGUCACAUUAG